AUGCAAGCAAGGCCUCCAGCCUUUCUGGCAUGGCGUGUCCGCAGCUCACCACAGUCGACAACGCGCCGUUGGCUCAGUCGAACUCAGCCCUUCAGCCACUCUCCGCGCCUUCACAGAGCUCACCUGCCGUUCAUUCUCGGUCUCGGAGUAGUCGCAUCUUCCGCCUUUGCUCUGUAUUCAACUCAGGCCAUUUACCUUGACUCAGAAGUCCACUCCCAAGCUGCUGCUGGUGGCUCAGAAGAACUUACUGUUGACUCUGCAACAUCGAUUACUUUCCCGAACACUCUCCGCAUUCCCUCCAAGACACCUUUGCCUACAUUCUCACUGGUUGGUGUUGGUGUCAGGACGGUAUCGUUCCUAGGCCUAAAGGUAUACUCUGUCGGAUUCUAUGCUGAUUUGUCUAGCCCCAAUUUGAAUAUAUCGAAGGAUACGCCUCCUCAGGAGAAGAUAGAGCACAUCGUUCGCAAUGCAGCGUGUGUACUGCGAAUCGUCCCGACGCGACCAACGUCUUAUAGCCAUCUGCGCGACGGUUUCAUGCGUGCACUUCAAGCACGUGUCCUCUUUUGCCGGAAAAAUGGCUCGUUAGCACCGGAAGAAGAGGCUGGCAUUCAAUCGCCUCUACGGAAAUUCAAGUCCUUAUUCCCAAAUACUCCGCUGGCGAAGCAUACACCAAUGGACAUACUCCUCACGGCCCCACCGCGUGAUCCGUCACAAGCGCGCUCACUGAUCAUUCGCGACCUAGGAUCCGUUCAGAAUGAUUGGCUAUGUCGCGAAUUCUUCCUUGCGUACUUCGAGGGAGAUGGACUCAGUCCUCCGUUGAAAAAAUCUGUCACCGAGGGUUUACAGAAUUUUGGAAAGUAA